AUGCUCUUUAUCGGUCUGACGGGCUCCAUCGCGACGGGGAAAUCCACGGUCUCCUCCGUCCUCUCCAAACCCCCGUACUCCAUCCCGCUCAUUGACGCCGAUAUCCUGGCCAGGCAAGUCGUUGAGCCCGGAACAAAAGGCUAUGCCGCCAUCGUGAAGUACUUCCUGCCGACCACCCCGGACCUUCUCGUUCCGGCCUCCGACACGAUGCCUGAGAACGGGCCCGACGGCAAGGGACGACCGCUGGACCGGCCCGUCCUGGGUCGCCGCGUCUUCGGCGACUCGGACGAACGCAAGCGCGACCGUGCCGUCCUGAACGGCAUCGUCCACCCUGCCGUCCGCGGAGCCAUGUACCAGGCCAUCUUCCGAGCAUACAUCCGCGGCCACUGGGCCGUCCUACUCGACGUGCCACUUCUGUUCGAGAGCGGUCUAGACCGCAUAUGCGGCACCGUCUUCGUUGUCGCCGUCAAGGACCCGGAAGUGCAGAUGCAGCGCCUCAGAGCCCGCGACCCUCACUUGUCACCUGAGGAUGCCCAGAACCGCGUGCUCAGUCAGACGGACGUGAGACUCAAAGCGAGGAGGUGCGAGGCCAGGGGGCCGGGCAAGGGCGUCGUACUUUGGAACGACGGAACCAAGGAAGAGCUCAAGAGAGACAUAGCGGAGGCGAUUCGCCAUGUACAGGCAUCGAGCCCCGUGUGGUGGAACUGGUUGCUACUGGCUUGUCCCCCAGCAGCAGCGGCGGUCGGGGCGUGGCGUUUCUACCAGAACAUUCGCAUCAACAAGGCUUGGGCUGAGCAAGAGAGGAUUGAAAAGGCCAAGCUGUAG